AUGCCACCCGACGACAAAGAAAGACGAGUAAAAGCCGGCGAGGUAGAAACAGCUCAUCAUAUAUCUACUUUGACGAAUACCGAAUGGUCCAAACCCGAAUACACUCUCCCAGCUCCCUCCCUCCAAUUCCUAUUUCAUCUCGAAUGCGACAUGGAGACUUUCUACCCUAUUGGUGAUGGAGGUCAUGGAAAUCGCGCUACUGCGGACGAUUCGAAGGACCCCACCUCCGCGGCACCAUCCUCCCCGGCGGCGGCGACUGGGAAACCAUCCAAAACACGCCCUCUUAUCCACCCUCUACCUCCACCACCCCCUCAGAAACCCAAACCGCCCACCUCGACACCCGCUACAAUCUCCUCACCCACGACAACCACUGCAUCUACCUGCGCACGACCGGAGUACGCACCGGAAAACGCGAGAUACUGGAGGGAUUGGGGCACGAAGAUCGAUAUGGAGCGGCAGAAUAUCGGAUGCGGUUGA